UUACUAUACCUAUACUUUGGGAAUUACCUUUGGGUCAAGAAUGUAGUAUAGAUAAUAAGAAGAAGUCGGAGAAGAUGUUGGAAAAGAAAGCAUUAUGCAUUCGAACUUAUAUAUCAUGUAUGAAUACUCAAACUAGAACUUUACUUACUCAAAAUGGAUACGAUUUAUCAUCGUCACCACCUCAAGCUACUUUUGAUUAUCCAUCAUUUACUCAUAAAUUUAUAAUUAAUAAUUUAGUUUAUUUUAUUUCCAUAUAUUCACCACAAAUUAUUAAGAUAUGCAAAUUAAUAAUAAAUCGUUCAUUUCUGGAUUAUUUUAAAUUGGCUGAAAAUUUUUAUAAUAAAUUUAAUAAUUAUAGUGAUUUAAUUGGUUCAAUUCCCAAGUUACCUGGUGCUCCGAAAGUAUUUAAGAAAUUAGAAAGUUUUACUUCGAAGAUAGGAGAGUAUGAACGAAUUUAUCCAUUUUAUGAAUCAUUAAAAUUAAUUUGUGAUAAUAUUUUAAAUAUGGAUUUGAAAUUGAGUUCAACUAAUUCAGUAGAAUUAUUAGCAAAACUUAUUAGUGUUCAAAAACGGUUAGAAAAUCUAUCAAUUGUUGCUGAUGCUAGAUAUUAUCUAGACAAUAAUUCAAUAUUUUGGGCGAUCAUUAGUCAAAAAGAAACAUUAAAGAGUCUUCGUAUAAAAGAAGUAAAUUUUUUUCGUUUCAAGGGGAAAUCGUCACCAAUUGGACAAUUUAUUUCACUUCAAGAACUUCAUAUUGAAUGUUGUUCUGGAUUUCAUAAUUCAGAUUGCUUAUUCUUGGCUUCAUCAUUUACUCAAUUAAGUAGUAUUCAUUUUACAUAUACAUAUCAAGGUUGUCCUCAAGAAUUUAUUAAAAAAAUUCUCGAAACGGCCAAUACAAAUUUAAGAAAUAUUUUCCUAGAUUUACAUCCCACAAUUAUAUCUGAAAUAUUUUCAACAAUUUUAAAUUAUUGUAAAAAGAUUACCGAAUUAACUUUUCUAAAUUUGAAUCUUAAACAAGUAAUAGCAAUAUUUAAUAAUAAUUUUAUUGAAUUAAGAAAAUUUUCAUUUGAUUGUGGAAGAAAAAGAUUUGAUGCUAAUAAAUUAUUGUGUAAAAUGGCCGAAAAUGUACCAGAAUCACUUGAAACUAUUGAAAUUAGAAUGGGGAUAUUUAGUGCUAAUAGUUUAAGAAAUUUUUUUGAAGGUUGGGGUUGUAAAGAAAGAGGAGAAAAUAAAAAGUUUAUUGUAAACCGUACAGAAGAAGCGCAACUUUUUACAUUAAGUGAAAAACAUUUUAAAGUUAUUGAAGAAUAUGGAGUACAAUUUGAUAUAGAAGCCUAA